UCUCUGGGCUGGGGACACAGUGGAAGUUAGUAUGGGUUUGGAUUCCAGGGUUGGGGGUGUCAACUAAAGAAUCAUGACAUCUAUAAAUUUGGAGGAGACUUUGUUUCUUAUAAAGUGCAGGCAUCCCACAGGCUGAAAGCACAGCAGCUGACACAGACUGUGAGUGGAUACUUCGCAGGGGUGGGGUGGACGGGACAGGGGCUUACUCAGAACAGCUUGGCCAAGUACAUGUUCAGCAGGUGAAGCCGGGACGGGAGGCCCUUGAUGUGCAGCCUCUGAACCGCCAGAACCAGUCCGGGCCAGGGGUCCUUGCUCAGGAGACAGCUGCUGAAAUGAGGCUCCUGUCCCAGUGCAGCUGCAGUUGCAGCCAGUGGAGCAUGGUUGCAGUGUCUAAACCGCAGAGGGGAGGGGCUGUGAUGAGGUGUCUGACCUCCCAUCCCAUCACUGCUGGGAACUCAGUUUUAAGCCUGUUUGGGGGUGAGGCCGAGGGGCCGCCUGUCACCAACAUCAUGUUCCUGAAGACGCACAAGACGGCCAGCAGCACGGUGCUCAACAUCCUCUACCGCUUCGCGGAGACCCACAACCUCUCUGUGGCGCUGCCUGCCGGCUGGCACGUCCACCUCGGCUACCCCUGGUUCUUCCUGGCGCGCUACGUGGAAGGUGUAGGGUCGCAGCAGCGAUUCAACAUCAUGUGCAACCACCUAAGGUUCAACCCGCCUGAGGUGCAGAAAGUCAUGCCCAACGACACGUUCUACUUCUCCAUCCUGAGAAACCCUGUGUUCCAGCUGGAGUCCUCCUUCAUCUACUACAAAACCUACGCGCCCGCCUUCCAGGGCGCCCCGAGCCUGGACGCGUUCCUGGCCUCGCCGCGGACGUUCUAUAACGACAGCCACCUCCUCAGGAACGUCUACGCCAAGAACAACAUGUGGUUCGACUUCGGCUUCGACCCCAACGCGCCGGCCGAGGAGGGCUACGUGCGCGCGCGCAUCGCGGAGGUGGAGCGGCGCUUCCAGCUGGUGCUCAUCGCCGAGCACUUCGACGAGUCCCUGGUGCUGCUGCGGCGCCGGCUGCGCUGGGCGCUGGACGACGUGGUGGCCUUCAGGCUCAACUCCCGCAGCGCGCGCUCCGUGACCCGCCUGGCGCCCGAGACUCGCGAGCGCGCGCGGCGCUGGUGCGCGCUGGACUGGCGCUUGUACCAGCAUUUCAACCGCAGCUUCUGGGGGCAGCUGCGCGCCGAGCUGGGCCCACGGCGGCUGCGCGGGGAGGUGGCGCGGCUCCGGACGCGGAGGCGCGAACUCGCGGUCCUGUGCCUGCAGGACGGUGGCGCGCCCCAGAACCGGACGCAGAUCCACGACCCGGGCCUGCGCCCCUACCAGCCCGGCGCGGCCGACAUCCUGGGCUACAACCUCAGGCCAGGCCUGGACAACCAGACGCGGCGCGUGUGCCAGCGGCUGGUGAGGCCCGAGCUCCAGUACAUGGCCCACCUGUACUCCCUGCAGUUCCCGGAGAAGCCCCCCAAGAACAUCCCGUAGAGGGGGGAGCGUACAGGGGCGGGGGCCGGGGCCUCCCGCUGACACCAGCCCCUCUCUCUUCGCGGUUGGGAAACCCAGGCUCGCCGGCCCCUGCUCUAAAAUGAAGGUGGAGACCCCAGUGAAAAGCCGCCCCCCCACCUCCGUGAUCCGCCCAGACCCCUCCCAGAGAGGGUCCUGAGCCCGGGUGGAAGCCCCACCUGGCCCGAGGCUGUGCCUCAGUUCACCGAAUAGUACCGAACACGAGGGUGGCGGAGUGAGGGAUGUUUGACCACAGGCCAGCACGCUGCCUGGCAGAACCCCAUGCCCGUGACCCCGGGACUCCCGACGUGCCUGGCACUGGGGCUGUGGGUUCUCGGAGGAGCUCAGUGUCUCCCCUGGAUUUCUCAGCGCUGGCAACAAGGUGCUGGUCCCAGAGACAUGCCCAGGCACAGGCAGUGCCACAAAGACCCAGGCUCAGCCCUGCAGCCAGUGAUGGGGGAGCCGUGUGGAAGCAGCUCCCAUCUUUGGCUAUAGGAGGUUUACUUCUGAUGGAAGGACGUUUUCUACAGAGAGAUGGGACAGCUACUCAAAAGACAGGGGGUGAGGUCGAACUCACCUCCGCAGCCUCUGCUGUCAGGCACAAAUGCUGGCGGAGGAGAGGACGUCUGACUCACCAAAUGAGGCAGGAGUGGUUGGGGCGCCACACACCCACGGUUGCCUUGGAGGUGGUGCCAGGCGUGGUGCCAGAGGGCAGCUGUGGGCACCAUCUUUGUCAUUCAUCUGGAGGGGCAGAGCCUCCCUGCCUGGCAGGAUGUGAUCCUGGCUGCUGGGGAGGGGGGUGGUUAACAGGUAAAGGGGUGCACACAUGGGGACAAGCCAGUGCCUGGGGCGCCCAGGAAACGCACCUACCUGGCAGCACGUUUGGAAGGCCACCCUCCCUCCCUCAGCCCAGGGACCCCUGCAGGCCUCCCUCCCCGACUCAGCCUAGGGACCCCUGCAGGCCACCCUCCACCCCUCAGCCCAGGGACCCCUGCAGGCCACCCUCCACUCCUCAGCCCAGGGAACCCUGCAGGCCACCCUCCCCUACGCAGCCCAGGGACCCCUGCAGGCCACUCUUCUUGGCUCAGCCCAGGGAGGGCACAGUAGGGCAUUCUGCCGGGUAACAGGAAAGCAGGCCCGGGAUGAGCCCACAGGCCAAUGACAGGAGUCCCAGAAGACAGAAGAGACCACACAUGAGAAGGCAGGUCACACAGAGAGCAAAACGUUCCCGGCUAAACCCAGGGCUGGGCUGCGAAGGUGCAGUGAGGAGAUGCAGAUGCCCUGGGAGGAAGAGUGUUUGUUUCCUUAACGGGUUACAGGGAGAAGGCCUGGGAACGAUCGCCAGACCAACUCCAGGUUACAGAGUUUGUCCAGAGCUUGUAUCUUCUGAGCUAUGUGUCUACGUGUAAGCACACAUUUGCCUAAAUCAGGCGUCCCCAAACUACAACCCGGCCCGCGGGCCGCAUGCA